CCACCAUGUUCUCCUCCAUCUUUUCCACUUCGCCACCUGUUGACGCCAAGGCGCCCAAUUUCCGUCCUGUGUCGGAUGCUUUCAAGGAGGAUGAGCUCUUUGGCGAACUGACCCCCAAGGACACAGAAUGGGCCUGUGCUGGUGGAUUCAUCACAGAGACGCAGAUAUUCUACACGACGACUGAGGAUGGCAUUUCUCUUAUGUGCCAAGUAAUUCAUUCUGUAGGUGUCUGGUAUCCGACCAUUCAGUUCACCUGCAAAUGGCACAAUCCAAAGACUGGCGAGACUAUCUGGAAGUCUAUCAACGUAUCCAACUUCGUUACACCACCCCCAGGUCUUGAUAAACGCUCCAGCAAGGCUGAUCAGUUCUCCAUCACCCACAAGGAUGCCCCUGGCACCGACUUUCCAGAAUCCUACCUCAUCACCGCCAAUCUUGCCACCGACCUCCAAAUUGGCCUCGAGAUCUCUCGUCCUGCCUCCGUUCCUGGUUGGAAACUAGGAAAAGGCGAGAAAGGAGGCUUUUCCUAUUUCGGAUCCAAUCCUGCCAGUCCCGAAGGAUAUGUUGUCCAUCGAUUCUGGCCACGUUUCCGUGCGAAUGGCCAUUUUAUUUACAAGGGGCAGGCUAAUGUCGUCAAAGGCCCGGGCAUGUUUGUGCAUGCGAUCCAGGGGAUGCGGCCCGAUCUUGUUGCAUCCGCAUGGAACUUUGCCAACUUUCAGAGUGAUGAGCAUGGUGGUGUAUCCGCUAUUCAGAUGGAGUUUACGACAACAGACGCCUAUGGAAAGCAUAGAUCUAGAUCGGGGGGUGUUGUAGUCAAUGUUGGUUCGCUAGUCGUUAACGGCCAGCUGGUCUGCGUGACGGGAGAGACCAAGUGGACGAAAGACGAAUCGUCAGCUUCCAACAUUGUAUGCAGGGCUACUCAUUUGAAGCAUGCAUUGGACAAGGAUACGGGGUACAAGAGGCCUGGCGAACUCUUGUUUGAAUGGGCGGGACCAUCUGUCCUUCUCGGUCAAUCAGGAAACUAUUCGGCAAAACUAUCAGUGGAUGUGGGAGAUGUGGAGAACCCCAAGGGUCUGAUUGAAAAGGUCGAUGUUAUGGCGGAAAUACCAUAUGUUAUCAAGGCGGCAGUGAACUAUGUUGCUGGCACGAAGCCUUACAUCUACCAGUGGUUCAAUCCUGGGAAGCUGACGAUCACUGAACCUGGAUCGGAUAAACCGGUACAAGUUGAUGGACUAAUCUAUACCGAGGCUACCUUCAUUUCAAAGCAACAUUGAAUUUGUCUCCUUUACUCACUUAUGGAGAUUUCUCCCUGUUACAUGGCAUACAAUACUUGAGUGUAAUACAACUAGCAGCGAUCCAUAAAGAUUUGAUGCAGAUCAUAGCGGG